AUGCCUUCUUUUAUUCCUAAGGUGCCUUCUGCCGCUAACAGAAAUAGAGAAGCUUUUCUCCCGAUGUUUUUUCCUGACCCGGUUGGUGAAGAACAGAGUCUAUUACAUACUCUAGAUCUGAAGAGGGCAAUCGAGAUCUAUCUCCAGAGAACAGAAGAGUUUCGUAUAGCUGAAAAUCAUUUUGUGUUGUUCAGAGGUCCAAGAAAAGGACAACAACCUUCCAGAGAUACAUUAGCUAGAUGGCUAAAAGACACUAUCAAAGAAUCCUAUUCCUUAGAAGAAGUGCCUUCUCCUUUUCCAAUUAAAGCACAUUCAACAAGAUCUGCCGCAACCUCCUGGGCAGAACAGGCGCACAUAUCUAUAGAAGAAAUCUGCAAUGCAGCCUCCUGGUCCUCAUCUCAAACCUUCAUGAAGCAUUAUCGGUUGGACAUCAAUGCUAGAAGCUCAGCCUUUGGUACUGGGGUGGGCGGUCCUAGCCAAAGGUAUGAAGACAAGCUUAACCCAUGCUGUGCUGCCUUCGGACUCAAGGAAAGUAAAAUCCCAGCUGCAAUUCUUGACGAUCAGACUGUUUGUGGUCGAGGCGAGCGGUUGGCGUUGGCCCUUGCUCGAGAACACAUUAACAGCCACACACAAGGAUCAUCCAGCGGUCGUGUGGAGGUGGAGAUCUUUGAGCUGCAAAGAGACAGCCAGUACGAGACUACAGAUACAAUGUGUCAGAUUUUACCCAAAGGCGUGGUCUCUGUGCUGGGACCCUCGACCAGCCCGGCAUCAGCAUCUACUGUCAGCCAUAUCUGUGGAGAGAAGGAGAUUCCUCAUAUUAAGGUGGGACCAGAAGAAGCCCCCAAGCUACAAUACCUACGUUUUGCAUCCGUCAGCCUUUACCCGAGUAAUGAAGACAUAAGCCUGGCCGUGUCACACAUCCUGAAGUCCUUUCACAACCCUUCCACCAGCCUCAUCUGUGCCAAGGCCGAGUGUUUACUGCGGCUCGAGGAGUUGGUCCGUCAGUUCCUAAUAUCAAAAGAUACACUGUCUGUGCGGAUGUUGGAUGACACAAAUGAUCCCACACCUUUAUUAAAGGAAAUCCGUGAUGACAAGGUGUCUACCAUCAUUAUAGAUGCCAACGCGACUGUGUCCCAUCUCAUCCUAAAGAAGGCCUCGGAGCUUGGGAUGACGUCUGCUCAUUACAAAUAUAUCCUGACAACUAUGGACUUCCCCUUACUGUCCUUGGAAGGGGUGGUAAGUGACCAUUCCAAUAUCUUGGGAUUUUCCAUGUAUAACAGUAGCCAUCCCUUCUAUCUGGAGUUCCUGAGAAGCCUCAACAUGUCCUGGAGGGAGAACUGUGAGCUCAGCACAUACGUGGGGCCUGCGCUCUCCGCUGCUCUCAUGUUUGAUGCUGUACAUGUCGUAGUCAGUGCUGUCCGGGAGUUAAACCGGAGCCAAGAAAUUGGCGUAAAGCAGCUUUCCUGCAGCACAUCGCAGAUCUGGCAGCAUGGGACAAGCCUCAUGAACUAUCUACGAAUGGUGGAGUAUGAUGGACUGACCGGACGUGUAGAAUUUAACAGCAAAGGACAAAGGACAAACUACACUCUACGUAUCCUGGAGAAGUCUGGAUAUGGCCACCGAGAGGUUGGUGUGUGGUACUCUAACCGUACCCUGGCCAUGAACGCUACCAGCCUGGACAUAAACAUCUCCGAUACGCUGGAGAACAAGACUUUAGUAGUAACCACAAUUCUCGAGAAUCCAUACAUGAUGCGCAAAGCAAAUUACCGAUCCCUAUCUGGCAAUGACCAGUAUGAAGGUUUCUGUGCGGAGAUGUUAAUGGAGCUAGCUGCCCUCCUGAGGUUCAACUAUAAGAUAAAGCUUGUGGAAGACGGGUUGUAUGGGGCUCCCGAGCCGAACGGAUCUUGGACGGGGAUGGUGGGAGAGCUUAUCAAUCGGAAGGCAGAUCUGGCGGUCGCUGCGUUCACCAUCACAGCAGAGCGAGAGAAAGUGAUCGACUUCUCCAAACCCUUCAUGACCCUGGGGAUCAGUAUUCUGUACCGGGUUCAGAUGGGCCGGAAGCCUGGGUACUUCUCCUUCCUGGAUCCUUUCUCUCCUGCUGUCUGGCUCUUCAUGUUGUUGGCUUAUCUGGCCGUCAGCUGUGUGCUGUUCUUGGCAGCCAGAUUGAGCCCCUAUGAAUGGUAUAACCCACAUCCGUGUCUGCGGGAACGGCACCACAUCCUGGAGAACCAGUACACCCUGGGGAACAGCCUGUGGUUUCCUGUCGGAGGGUUUAUGCAGCAGGGAUCGGAAGUCAUGCCCCGGGCCCUGUCUACAAGAUGUGUCAGCGGGGUCUGGUGGGCCUUCACCCUCAUCAUUAUCUCUUCCUAUACCGCCAACCUGGCUGCCUUCCUGACAGUGCAGAGGAUGGAGGUCCCGAUAGAGUCCGCUGAUGACCUGGCAGAUCAGACCAACAUUGAGUAUGGGACCAUUCAUGGUGGAUCCACCAUGACCUUCUUCCAGAACUCCAGGUACCAGACGUACCAGCGCAUGUGGAAUUACAUGAACUCGAAGCAGCCAAGUGUGUUUGUCAAGAGCACAGAAGAGGGGAUCGCUCGGGUGCUGAACUCCCGCUACGCCUUUCUGCUGGAGUCCACUAUGAACGAGUACCACCGCAGGCUUAACUGCAACCUCACCCAAAUUGGUGGCUUACUCGAUACCAAGGGCUAUGGCAUUGGGAUGCCGCUAGAAUCCCCCUACAGAGAUGAGAUCACACUUGCAAUCCUCCAACUUCAAGAAAAUAAUCGCUUGGAGAUCUUGAAACGCAAAUGGUGGGAAGAAGGGAAGUGCCCCAAGGAAGAAGACCACCGUGCAAAAGGACUAGGCAUGGAGAACAUUGGCGGUAUCUUUGUGGUCCUCAUCUGUGGCCUAAUUAUUGCUGUGUUUGUGGCCAUCAUGGAGUUCGUCUGGUCAACGAGACGCUCAGUGGACAAUGAAGAGAUUUCCGUAUGUCAAGAGAUGCUGAGUGAACUUCGCAGCGCGGUGUCCUGUAAGAAGACAUCACGUUCACGUCACCGCCGACGGCCGCCACGUCACCUUCAUGGGAGGACUCUACUUUCCCUCAGUCGACCGCCUCGAGCGACCAGAGAGACACGCCUCUGCAAUGGACGCCUUUACCAGACCCACCAGCACCCUCCGGCUCCUCCUCCCCCUCCCCCUGCCCCAGGUGCCCAGCGGCUCCAAGAGGACGCCCCGUCUUCCUCUGGUCGGGGAGGGUGUGCCCAUUUCAGAAUCUGCCAGGAAUGUCGGCGGAUACAGACUCUACGAGGCCCGCCACCACUACCUAGACCACCGCAGUCUCCAAAACCUCCACCUCCUCCUGCUCCAGAGGACCUAACACCCCUCUCACAUCACCGGAGACUGGCAGACCCUCUAGAUGCCAGUGCCCCCGAGUGAUGGUGGGGGUCACAGAGACUGGUUGUAUGGACCUUUAAUGUGACAGGAGGAGAGGAAGAGGCAGAGAAUGUCGGGGCAUCUGGACGGCGGACAUCUGUCCUUUCCCCUGUUCUUCCCAACACUCUGUUUUGGGGUGGGGGUCUUCAUGAAGCCUCCUCUGUAUUCAUCAGAAACACUGCGUUGCCUCAGUCUUACAAUGUACGCUGUGCGUGCGAAAUAAACUGUCCCCCCAACAAUCCACCUGCUGUUUUUGACCAUUUGUUAGUGCCCUGCAGAUAUGGAGGCCUCUGUCCCUGCUCAAGGUCACCACAUGCAGUAACCUGACAGCGGCGUCGCGGUAAGGAGAGCGUCAUCCAGAUUGG